AUGAGGAUAGAACUCGCCGAUCGAUAUUUAUCAAUUCAGUCUGCGUCCAUCUUCGCCUUCGAUCCAGUCAGCAUCUCUGACCCUUACAACGCCCUUAGCACAUGGUAUUUCCGAAAAAUAAAACGAAUCGAGGCGGAGAAGAAAUUACUCCUGCCCGAAAAUGAGCACGGUGCAUUUUUGAUUCGCGAUUCGGAGAGCCGGCACAACGAUUUCUCUCUGUCCGUCCGUGACGGCGACACGGUGAAGCACUACCGCAUCAGGCAACUUGAUGAAGGUGGCUUCUUCAUCGCGCGACGCACCACCUUCAGGACCCUGCAGGAACUCGUCGAGCAUUACAGCAAGGAUGCUGACGGCCUCUGUGUGUCGCUGAGCAAACCCUGUGUACAGGUUGAGAAACCAGUAACCGAGGGCCUAUCGCACAGAACAAGAGACCAAUGGGAGAUAGACCGCUCCUCGCUCAAAUUCGUAAGGAAACUCGGCCACGGCCAGUUCGGCGAAGUGUGGGAGGGUCUCUGGAACAGCACGACGCCCGUCGCCAUCAAGACACUCAAAUCGGGCACCAUGGACCCGAAGGACUUCCUCGCUGAGGCGCAAAUCAUGAAGAAGUUGAGGCACAACAAGCUGAUUCAGCUCUACGCGGUGUGCACACUCGAGGAACCGAUUUACAUCAUCACUGAAUUGAUGAAGAACGGCUCGCUAUUAGAAUAUUUACAAGGCAAAGGCCGCGGUCUGAAACUGCAACAGCUGAUCGACAUGGCGGCGCAGAUAGCGGCCGGCAUGGCUUAUCUCGAAUCGCAGAACUACAUCCAUCGCGAUCUCGCCGCUAGGAACGUCCUAGUUGCCGAGGCGAACAUCGUCAAGAUUGCCGACUUUGGAUUGGCUAGGCUUAUCAAGGAGGACGAAUACGAAGCACGGGUGGGCGCAAGGUUCCCGAUCAAAUGGACAGCACCAGAAGCGGCCAACUACAGCAAGUUCUCCAUUAAGUCCGACGUCUGGUCCUUCGGGAUCUUGCUCACUGAGCUCGUCACUUAUGGGCGGACGCCCUAUCCGGGCAUGUCAAACGCGGAGGUGAUGCACCAAGUGGAACACGGCUACCGUAUGCCGUGCCCGCCCAACUGUCCACCUGCCCUCUACGAGAUCAUGCUCGAGUGCUGGCACAAGGACGCCCUCAAGCGGCCCACAUUCGAAACCCUGCAGUGGAAGCUCGAGGACUUCUUCACGAUGGACAACUCUGAGUACAAGGAGGCGUCCGCCUACUGA